AUGAAAUGAUAAUCGUGUCCAUAAAUAUUCAAAAUAAUAAUUACUGAACUAUAAAAGAGAGCAAAGAGAACAAAAACUUUGUUUCAUGAGCACAAAACUCGCAAACGAGUUUUCCUGGACGAAGGGCUCGCGGACAUGACGAGGCGGCGCGUGGACCUUCUAGAACAUUGUCGGAGCCGCAGCGGCGCGAAAAAUCCACUGCUGUCCAUCCUGAACCGAGAAAGAAUGGCGUUAAGAAAAGUUCUUUCGUCGAAGCCCCAAACCCCUUACUUUAAGCCCCCGGCAAUACACAUUUGUGUGGUUGCACUGAAGGACCAGCAUAGGGUCACGAGGUGGGACUUCCAGGACGGCAGAGCGGUGGCGGCCGUCACAAAAGCUAAUGCCGUCAUGGCCAUCAGCGACGGGCACUCCGUGGCCAAAGUGACCCUGUAUGAAGACCUGAAGGCCCAAGUUCAAGAGGGUGCUUCCUACGUGGUUCGUGGCUAUAACCUGAGGGGCAAUUCCCCUCCAUAUGCCUUUAAUGUCUCAAGGGAGACAGAAUUCUUUCGAAGCAGCGCCCUCGUCAUCGACGAGAAAUUACAAAACGAGGCCUUGAGGCUGAUCAAUCCUCGCUCGCCCCUGACCCCCCUCAGCACCUGCAGGGAAUCUGCUGGUCUGGUCACGGUGGAAGGGGAGGUGGUCGAGGUAAGUAACUUUCCGUUUAACGGGACUGCGAUAUAUAUAGCCAAUGUAGGUUGUUGCUGUAAAAUUAAGAGUGUAAGUCCGCCGGACUGCAGCUAUGAGAACAUUAACACCCAAAUCCACUGUGUUCAGGUGUCUGAGCUGAAGGAGGUGGUGGUGGCGAGGGACCGCGUGCCACUGCAAAACAUCACGUUGAAGCAGGGGGAAACAAAGGUGCCCGUGUCCCUCUGGAGGGAAACCGCCCUCCACUGCUGUGAGAUCGGGAACGUCCUGAGAGUGUCCCACCUGAGAGGGUCGGAGUCCAAUUAUGGAUUCCGGCUCCAAACAACGGUGGAGUCAGCAAUUGAGGCGGUCAGUUCCACGGCAGCGGAGGAGGUUGGAGUUUACGGGGCAACACCGGCACGCGGGGCUCCCGGAAGCCUAAAAGUGCUCCUGGAGGACGACAGGACGCUGUUCAUCGAGGAGAGCAAGUGGCUGCCAAUAGCUGCCAUAAUGGAAGCGCCACCCUUACCGGUCAAAAUAACCGUUAAAGGCAACACCAUUGUCGCCAUUGAAGCCAUGCGGAAGGAGGAGUAGCUGUUUGA